AAAAAAAAACCCCCAGACUGCUGCCGGUGUCGGAGCCAAGGUGAGGGUGGCUGUGUGUUGUUCCAGCCCCUCCGUCUCUGCUGCUCACAACCAAUCGUAAGUUCUCCUCUGUCGGAGCGACUCCUCCGCGUGCUCCUGUCCUCGCCGUGCACGCGCCUGGUACCCACGGUCGUGAGGAGGAGGAGGAUGUUGCGCGUGAAGGGGAAAUGGCUGCCGAAAACAAGCCGGAAGGACUGAAGAAAGUUCGUAAUCCGGAUCGAAUGUACAGAUCAGCAGUGUGUUAUGCUGGCCAUGGUCCACCUAAGAGUAUGAGUGAUGACACAGAGAUGAAAAAUGAACAUGGACAUUUGAAAAUAUACCUGCCCAAGAAGCUGCUUGAAUGUCUACCAAAAUGCACCUCGCUGCCAAAGGAGAGACACCGGUGGAACACUAAUGAGGAGAUUGCAGCUUACUUGAUAACAUUUGAAAAGCAUGAAGAAUGGCUAACAACGUCCCCCAAAACAAGGCCGCAGAAUGGGUCGAUGAUAUUGUACAAUAGGAAGAAGGUGAAGUACAGGAAGGAUGGCUACUGCUGGAAGAAGAGGAAAGAUGGGAAGACCACACGGGAGGAUCACAUGAAGUUGAAAGUGCAAGGUGUUGAGUGUCUGUACGGCUGCUACGUCCACUCCUCCAUCAUCCCCACCUUCCACCGUCGGUGCUACUGGCUGCUCCAGAACCCUGACAUCGUGCUCGUCCACUAUUUGAAUGUUCCGGCCAUUGAGGAUUGUGGGAAACCAUGUGGUCCGAUCCUGUGCUCCAUCAACACGGACAAGAAGGAGUGGGCCAAGUGGACCAAAGAGGAGCUUAUUGGACAGCUCAAGCCCAUGUUUCAUGGCAUCAAGUGGACUUGCAGCAAUGGGAACAGCAGCUCGGGCUUCUCAGUGGAGCAGUUAGUGCAACAGAUUCUGGACAGCCACCAAACCAAGCCACCUCCCCGGACUCACAACUGCCUCUGCACAGGAACCCUGGGUGCAGGCAGCAGUGUGCACCACAAAUGCAACAGCGCCAAACAUCGCAUCAUCUCUCCAAAAGUGGACCCCCGCGGUGGAUACAGUAGUGCCCACUCUGAGGUCCAAAACAACGAUGUGUCGGAGGGAAAGACAGAGCACAGUACACAUGCUGGAGGCAAAGGCUCUGGGGGUGGAGGCGGGAACAGUGCCAGAGAGAAACGCAAUGGCAAGGUUCACAAGCCUGUGCUGCUGCACCAGAACAGCACAGAGGUGUCAUCCACCAACCAGGUGGAAGUUCCUGACACUACCCAGAAUUCCCCGGUCUCCAUCAGCAGCGGCCUCAACAGUGAUCCAGACAUCGCUGACAGCCCCGUGGUAACGGGAAUGAGCCACGUGGCCUCCGUCAUGUCUGGCUUGUCUCAGAAUGUCUUCAUGUCCGAGGUCACAGGAGACCCCGUCUACAACAUGUCUCCCACCGGGGGUCCCAACACUCACCUGAUGGGAGCGGAUGCCACCUCGCAGGGUCUGGUUUUGUCUGUGACCUCUGAUCGUCACAAGUUUGCCUUCCCCAGUGGGGGAGUGGGGGAACCUGGGACGACCGCAGCAGGAGACAGCCUUUCCAUGUUGACUGCUGCCGGCGUGUCUGAGGAACUGGUGCUGUCCAGCAGUCUUGAUUCUGGAGCCAUCAAGAUCCCAGAGACUAAUAUGAACUUUGAUCCUGACUGCUUCCUAAACAACCCAAAACAGGGCCAGACAUAUGGAGGCAGUGCAAUGAAAACUGAGGGGAAUUCAUCCUCCACCUCCUCCUCCUCUGUGGGCAGUAAUAGCACCAAUGGCAGUCUUCAACGUUCUCCCAGCAUUUCAGAUAACGGCUACAGCUUCAAUGCAGCUUUGGUGAAGAACAUAAAGACAGAGGACACGUCAUUUGAGCAGCAGCUGGCCAAGGAGAGUGGCUACCAGGUGGGGGCAGUAGUCAAUUGUGGCAGUGGAGUGUCUGUGGCAUCUGGUGGCUCAGGCCAGGGCAGCCUCUCUCUCACCUCUGCAGGCUCCCUGCUUCCUUCUGGUGGGGGUCUGAGUCCAAGCACCACCCUGGAGCAGAUGGAUUUCAGUGCCAUAGAGGCCAAGCAAGACUAUACUUCCAACACCAACACCGUCAGCUAUGGUCAGGCCAUGUCCAGUCCUCACAUGCAGCACCAGAACCGUUCACCCAGCUUCUUCCUCCAGGAGGCCUCUCAGACGAGCCACACUCAGCAGGGCAGGCCCACCAUGGGCCAGAAAACACAUUUGAUGGAGCACAACUCCCAUGACUCUAGCGCUUACAUGGGGCUUCAGGUGGUGAAGACAGACUCUCCUGGCAGCAAUGGUCACCUCCAUCCUCACCACCAGGGCCACCAGACCCAGCACAGGGCCAACUGCAAUGGAGGCUCAACCACUGAUGGUCCUGUCCAGACUGGUUCUCUCCAGCUGCUCCAGUAUCAGGGGACCUUCCAAGGACUUGGCAAUGAACACGAGGAGGUGGUAGGUCUAGAGCAACCUGGCAGCGUGACAUCAGCUCAGGCCAAUGAGAAUGGAGCAGAGAAUCUACUGAAAGCAGGAGAUCACAUUCAGGCAUGUGGGAAUGGAGAUGGAGGGGGUGCAGAGCACUACCUGCAACAGGCUUCAGAUGGUAGUGGGGGAGGGACAGGUGGAGAGGGAGUAACCAUUCAUAAUGGAAACAACAACAGUGAUGGCAGCAAUCGGUCCCAGCAGCAGGAACAGCUGCAGCCUCUUCUCCAGAGCACAAGCAUGGUCCAGGGACUCUAUAACGCUGUAAGCACCCAUCAGGGACUUGGGGGAGGAGCUAGUAACGGAGCGGGUGGAGGCGCAGGUAUGGAGAUAAGUCUGGACCACUUUGACAUAUCUUUUGGAAACCAGUUUUCUGACCUUAUCAAUGACUUCAUUUCGGUGGAUAGUAGUGGAACCGCCAUGUCGGCUGGUGGAGCACUGUACACUCACCAGUUAGUGACAUCUCACAGCUCUGAUGGUCAGAGCACAGCUGGAGGGGGUCCUCAGCAAGGCCAGGAAGAAGGAGGUGCUCGAGGCUCGGGCUACAACAGCUCAGAGCUUUGCCUUCAACCCUGCUGCAGCCCCCAGUCUCUGAGCACAGGAGCUGGAGCAGGGGGGAACACUGGGGACGCGGGCUCCUUGUCCUACAUGAAUGUAGCCGAGGUGGUUUCAGCAGCUGUAGCCCAGGGGGCUCUAGGGAUGCUUCAGGCCACAGGCCGACUCUUCAUGGUCACUGACUACUCCCCCGAGUGGUCCUACCCUGAGGGUGGAGUUAAAGUGCUGAUCACUGGUCCGUGGCAAGAGGCGAGUUCAAACUACAGCUGCUUGUUUGACCAGAUCACAGUUCCAGCUUCUCUCAUCCAACCUGGAGUACUGCGUUGCUACUGUCCAGCACAUGAUACCGGCCUGGUCACUCUUCAAGUGGCUGUCAGUAACCAGAUCAUUUCAAACUCUGUGGUAUUUGAAUACAAGGCCCGUGCUCUUCCAUCACUGCCAUCAUCUCAGCACGACUGGCUAUCACUAGAUGAUAACCAGUUCAGAAUGUCUAUCCUGGAGCGCUUGGAGCAGAUGGAGAGGAGGAUGGCAGAGAUGGCCAGCCACCAGCAGCCGAGCGGUGCAGGGAGUGGUGGAGCUGGAGGGGGGGGAGGUGGAGGGGGAGGAGGAGGAGGCGGUGGAGGUGGAGGCAACAACAGCCAGUCACAGUGUGUAUCUGGCCAGAUGCAAGCUGGCAGCUCCUUUGAAAGUCGUGUCGUGGUAGUCUGUGAGAAGAUGAUGAGCAGAGCUUGCUGGGCCAAGUCCAAACAUUUAAUCCACUCUAAGACCUUCAGAGGCAUGACACUGCUUCACCUGGCCGCAGGCCAGGGCUAUGCCACACUCAUCCAGACACUAAUCAAGUGGCGUACUAAGCAUGCUGAUAGCAUUGAUUUGGAGUUGGAAGUGGACCCUCUGAAUGUGGACCACUUCUCCUGCACACCCCUGAUGUGGGCGUGUGCACUGGGUCACUUGGAGGCAGCAGUGGUACUGUACAAAUGGGACAGACGUGCCCUGGCUAUCCCCGAUUCUCUGGGACGUUUGCCCCUGUCAAUUGCCCGUUCUCGUGGCCACACCAAAUUGGCCGAAUGUCUGGAGCAGCUACAGAGGGAAGAGCAGCAGGCGCCAGCCACUCUACCACCCUCCACCCGCAUGUCUUUCUCCCCUGGCCCAGAUGCCCCUACAACAGACAGCUGGAUGGUCAACUGGGCGAAUGACAGCGUAAUGACCCCCAGCAGCAAGAAGGGAGGAUCUGCCUCCACAACAACUACAUCCAGUACCACCAGCCUAAAUCCAGACCUUAGAAGGCCCAGGUCAGAGCCAUCGAACUACUACAGCAGUGAGGGUCAAAGGGACCUCCCUCUGGCUAAAAAACACAAACCUAACCCAGAGCUGUCUCAAACACGGCCAAACAAGGCCAUGUCGGUUCCUUUAAGUCUGGAGCAGCAGCAAUUCAAUAAACUGUCCUCGAGCCCCAAGAGCCUGUCAUUAGCAGGGAUGAGUUCAGAAAGUUCUGGAAGCUGCACAGGAGCAGUCAGAUGGACCUCGAGAGACAGUUUCUCCAACAGUGGCUUAGGCAGGAAGACCCUGGGGGUCAGUGGAAGCAGCAGCUUGGGGAAGGAGAAACUGGUCAACCGGUUGCGCCAGCGCGAACAGCUAGGCAUGCUUGUCAUGUCUGACAGAGAAAUGGCCGACACCGAACUCCUGUCUUAUCGGGAAGAUCUGGAGAACCACGAUUGUCUGACACAGAUGGAUGACCUACAAGUCAACAUGAUGACUCUGGCCGAGCACAUCAUUGAAGCAACGCCGGAGAGGAUCAAGAGGGAGAACUUUGCUGCUGUGGACUCUGUUCCUUUGGACACAACGGGUGUCAGCAACACCAUGAACUGGCUGGCCAGCUACUUAGGAGAUGUGGAACAGCUGCCAAGCAUUAUACACCUGAGAUCUCUUUAUAAUGAACCACUCACUCCAACAUCCAAUCCCAGUCUCAGUCCUGGAGGGUCACCACUGAGAGAAGGUCCUCUGGAAAGAUCUGCACUGCCCUCCCCAGCUGACUGGAGUGAGUUCAUCAAUGCCUCUAACAGCAAGGUGGAACGAGACCUGGCCCAGCUGACUCUUUCAGACCCAGAGCAGAGAGAGCUGUACGAGGCAGCUCGCCUCGUCCAAACUGCCUUCCGCAAGUACAAGGGACGGCCGCUCCGAGAGCAACAGGAAGUAGCUGCUGCUGUUAUUCAACGUUGCUACAAGAAAUAUAAACAGCUAACAUGGAUAGCAUUGAAGUAUGCACUUUAUAAGAAGAUGACGCAGGCCGCCAUCCUUAUCCAGAGUAAAUUUCGCAGCUACCAUGAGCAGAAGAAGUUCCAGCAGAGUAGGAGGGCUGCUGUGCUUAUUCAGCAAUAUUACCGCAGCUACAAGGAGUUUGGGAGGCAGAAGCCACACCACCGUGGGGCAGCUGCUGCUCUAGUGCAGCACAAACUGAGAGCCAGUCUGCUAACAAAGAGGCAAGAUCAAGCAGCCAGGAAGAUCAUGAGGUUCCUACGUCGGUGCCGCCACAGCCCCUUGAUGGACCAUAGACUGUUCAAGCGGGGCGAAAGAAUUGAAAAGGGCCAGGGAACAUGAGACCCCGCAGAGGAGCCCCCUCACGAUGUGACAUCACUCUCCUGACUCCUCCUUUCUUUUUCAUUUGUACCUGAGACAUUUUACAACAGAAAUUGAAAAAAAAAACACAUCAAUGCAAGCACUGCAUUUAUUACUACUUCUACAGUGUUCCAUUGACAACUUCUACAUGUACAACAAUUUUUUUUUUUUUUUUCCACAUCCUUUGUUUCCACUGACUUGAUGUUUGUCAGCGAACGGCAACUUCUACGGGACGUGAAUAAACUCUAAAGGGACGGGGUGUAGGAAGGGGAUGCAAAACAUUUGCUUCUUGGCAUUUUUUGCACUUUUUUUUUGCGGCUUUUUUUCUCUUUAUGAAUAUGAAGACAUGAAGAACGAUGAAGCAAGCAAACCCCGAGUGGGUCCAUCAGGUGUGAGGACCUGGAGAGAGACGUAAACAUAUGGCUGCUGUAAAAGAUCUCAGAGGACAGACAUUUGAAAAAACAAAACAAAAAAAAAACUUGUUUUUUGUUUUUUAAUGAGAUAAAUUACACCCAGUUCUAUUUGUCUGCUGUAGACGACAUAAUAUUGAAUUUAGAUCCAUAGUUCCUCCUGUCUUACCGUACUCUGCCCGGAGUGUCCACACGGGCGGAGCUACAGAUGAAUGUAGUCAGGGUUCAAACAUGCAAAUGAAAACCGGAGGAUCUUUUUUCUUGACAUUUCCUUAAAAAAAAAAGAGUCCACUAUCCUUUCAUAAUGUCUUUUUAUUACUUGAAUUGUUCUCCACAAUGUCAGACUGUACUUGUUUCAUCACGUCAAAAUGUAUUGAUGAUCUAUAUCUUCAGAUUCUACGUUGUUGGAUCCUGCAUGAAACGGCAAAACGUUUUGCUUCUGUGCUUAAGGUCUCGUCUCUCUCUCAGCCGAGUUAUUUAUUUAUUUUUAUUUUUUUAAAUGUGUCUUCUCCAUUUUAUCCUCCAUAGGUUUUUACCAUUCCCAGUGUUGUCCAUUUUUAAAUAGAUUGUUCCUCUGAAGAGAAAUUGCCUAUUUUGUGUUGUAGUCGUUCUGGUCAUGCAGGUUAUUACUGUUCUUUUUAAAUGAACUUCAGAGCCUGUGAAGGCUUUUGAGGGGAAGAUCACAUACAUUGCCUUGACGUCUUAGAGAUUCUUUGAGGGGUCCCUAAGCUUGUCCCAAAAUAGGGGUUUGACAAAUCCAUAUUUUUGACAAUUGAGCGAUUUCUGUAUAUAACGGAGGCUGAAGUACGUAGGAAAAACAUUUACCCAAAAAAAUGGGAUUGUAUUUUAGAAAUAUAUUAUUUUAUUCAUUAAAAAUGGAUAAAAACAGGUACGAGACAAAAACAGAAUAUUUGUAUAGUUUUCUUUGAAUGCCUAAAAAGUAUGGUUGUAUUGUUUGUAUAUAGUGUAAAUACCUGAGAUAAAAUGAGUAAUGUGCAUGAAAAGUAUGAACAAAGCUAAAGGGGAAAAAUACAACAAAAGCAGUAGUGGCUAUGCUCUGUAAAAUGAAAAAUAUUUCACUAUUAGAGUAUUUUAUUUUAUUUUGAUUGUUCUUGAGAAGAACAUUUUUGCUAAAGCAUGAUAAUAAUGCAAUAUGAAAAUGAAAAAAAAUCAUAUUUAGAUUUAGGAGAAGACUGCAAAGUUAUCUUUAAGGUACAGUUAUGUUUGUUGGGUUUCUGUUUGUUUGUUUAUUUGGUUGUUUGUUUGUUUGUUGUUUACUUUGGGCUACCAAGAAAAUUUUCCAAUGGUGCCAAGGUAUGUGAAUGCUAUAUAACUUAAGAAAGUAAUUAAGUUCAUAUUUUUUGCUGAACAGAUAAUCGUACAGUGACAUACACUUUAGCACUAAAGAUCACAACUUGACUGAUCGAUCGAUCGAUCAGUAAGGUACACAGUUUGCAGAGGUAGUCAUACUCGAGCAGAGUGCAUUUAAGCCUAUUGUGUCUCUCCGUUCAUUCCCACAAACAACAAACCAUUUGCUAUUAUUAAGUCUGCCAUAGAAAUGUUGGGGAUUUAUUUUCGUUGUCAUUGCAAAUUGAAUGUGAUGUGUUUCAGGGGUACGGUGUCUGAUCUUAAAGAUUGUAAAAGUCAGCCUUGUCCUCGCCGUCCCGUCGUAUAAAACCAUCCACGUUAUGACUUCCUGUCAUUGAAAAAGAUUGAAUUCACCUCCUGAAAUGUUGCAGCAGACGCUGAUUUACAGCCCCCUCUGUGGUGAAAGGGUGACCACACUUUACUAAGACAAUGUGUUUUAACGAAAACAAAAACCCGCUUCGUUCAAGGCUGCCAGGAUUUAUUAUACCUUGAAUUCCAAAAGAGAAAAAAAAAAUAAUCAAAGAUGUUAAUUUAAAAACAUGUAGCGACCGUGCGUGACUGGGCUUCUUGUUCUAGCAGCUGAAAAAAAAAGAACAGUAGGUGCUAAAAAAAAAAAACAGAAAAGAAAAGCAUCCACAGGUGAUUUUUGCAUCAGUGCAGGUUCAAUAAGCUGAGGUGGUUUUAAAAUACUGGUGUCAUUCAUAACAUGAGACAAAAACAGCGUGUCUGGUUCAAAGCGUUUUGACUGAACUUUAUACAAAAUGUAAAAAUCUGAGAGAAAUCUUUAACGAGCUGCCAGUUCAGUGGUGCCUGUCCAGUCUCUGUGGAAUUCCUUCAAUGUGUUUGGAUUUAAAGUGACAAUAUUUUACGAUUCAACCAAGUGCCACUUGAAAUCUUUUUUUUUUUUUUAAUUAUUCCUCUGACUGAAUUGUUGACAUGUUUGUUGAGUGACAUUUCUACAUUUUGUUUUUCCUUUGACUUACUGUUUGUAGCUCAUUUGAUAUGUGAAAACUUGUUUUUUUUUGUUUUUUUUUCUUGAGUGUUUAAGUAGAAAGUGCCUAUCCAUAUCCUGAUAACACCAAGCCAAUGUCAGACUGCAUUCAAUGUACCUAAGGUUGUGAUGGAUUUGAGAAAGCAUAAGUCAUUCACAUACGAUCACCUUCACAUUACACUCCUUGAAGCCACACAAUAUUCCCUCCUCCUCGCGCCAGUAUCAGUGCAGUACUCCAGCUCUUCAACAAGCCUGGCUUUGUUUUAAAAAAAAAAAAAUUUUUUUUUUUCUGUUCUGUACUGGGACAGCUUGUUAAAGUUCACUUUAAUAACGCCACUACUGGGAUUUGUUGCCUUGCAUUCGUCCUCAAACUCUGUGGUUAGAAUGCACAGCUAAUGCAAUGUCCUGGCAAAAACGGAGACGGAUUUAUUAUGCUUGCAUGGGUAAAAUAGUUAACAGGGUGACAGAACUGCACCUAAAGCAUGCUUCUUUUCCUAGAAACGGUAGUCAGAUAGACUCAUUAAAACUCUAAAACAAUGAACGCUCGGUAGACGUGUCACAGAAGUCAGGACGGAGAGAGGGCGCGUGACCGGAGGGCACAGGCCAGAGGUCGGUACUCAGUGCAUGGGGACAGGACUGUUUUAAGGCGUUUCCUUUAGUUUCCUCGUUUACUUUAGAAUUGACGAGCGGGUCCCAACCUGGAACAGGAACAAAUGGAAAAAAAAAAAGUUUCAGACUGAUGAACGUACGUUAACAUACGGUACAAGGUAUCUCUAACAAGUAUGCACUAGGUGACGUAUGUCAUACACACACACACACAGAUGCACAAGAAAACACAGCACACAUGCAGAUUGGUGAAAGGCGUCGGCUUUUACGAGGACACUCAGCAGUGUUGCUCUUCUCUGGGGCUGAGGGACUUGAUCACCUCUUUAUGUAUUUCACUCAGGGUGCCAAAAUGUGGUGAAGGAAACAGAGCAUGACGAGCAAUUCACAGAAGAAUAGGCCGAGAGUGGAAAAGGGGGAAAAAAAUCAUUCAGCGAUGCUUUCAGGUGAAGAAUCUAGGGCAGACAGAUUCACCGCUGUGAUGCAGAAGUCUUUAAGGUGAUUGAAUAUGAAAUCUAAUCAAUGUCCUCCAUGUGGUUUAACAUUAUAGACUCUGCUGGAGCACAGAGAGAGAGAGAAAGAAAAAAAAAAACAAAGUUCAGUUAUAUACAGCUCAUUAGGAUAAAUGAUUUGACAUCCUUUCGUGGAAGCCUGUCAAAUCCUAGCAUAAAUCUGGCCCCUUCUUCAGGCCUGCAAUCUAACUAAGUGACAAAGUGUAGAGGAUAUUUAAGAUUAAGAGCAUAAUUGUACAAAAAAAAAAGUUCACCUGUAAAUCUUGUUUUACUGCCAUUUUUGAAUGGGAUGACAGGUUAGCUCAAAGGCUCUUUGCAAUUGCAUACAGUAUUACCAGUCUCAAGGUGUUCUGUGAAAUGGUCUGGGAGUCUACCUUUCCUCCUCCCCUCCAAUACCCCCCCACCCCACACCACCCCCGCUGCCACCCCCAAGCACCCAAACCAGAGAGAGGCAGGCGGCAUUAGGGCAACAGAACAGAAAUGGUUUUACAAUGUAUUCCACUCGUGGACACAGAGCAAUAACGAAUUUUUUUUUUGUGGAGACCUAUAGACUUAGUGAAGUUUAAAAACGAUUGGACACAUGUAGUCGACUUAUUCUUAUGCAAAUGCCAGUAUUGCAAGACAAGCAUUCAGUAGUUUAUGGACAGCAAUUAUACGGCACCCUUUACCGAACUGCACGUUUUCAUCAAAUCCAAACCAAGAAGAAGAAAAAAAACAAACAAACCCUGCUUUAGUAGAAAGUCACGGGUCCUCAACACUUUGCAUGUGAACUAGUGUUAGAUCUAUUUUUCCUCUCCUCUUUAGCUGUCUUUCUCUCUGUCUUUCCCUGUUAUGUGACCCAAUUUUUCUCCACUCCCUAACCCCGCCCCCCCACACCCACACCCUCCAAAUGUUCAUCUCCUCUCGGUUCUCCCUAAUGUGUUUUGCUUUCCUCCUUUUUAUUACCCCUUUCUUGUUUGUAAGUUUUAUUUUUGUAAUUGUGCAUGUACAAGCGUCACUGACUUGAUGGAAAUGUAAAAAAACAAAACAAAAUAACAAAAAAAAAAAAGAUUUCAGCUGCUGAAGCCAUGCAAAAUGUUUUGAAUUGCCCUUAAAAUAUGGAAGUGUUUUCUGAAUGCUUUAUAUUCUUUCUGCUGUAAAAUAAUAAAAAAAAAAACAAAAAAAUGAAGAAAACUC